CCUGACUCACACAGAAGCGGACUCUCUGAGCUCGCUCCAACACCUGAAGCUCUCCCUUUCUUAACUUGCCCGGAGAGCAAAAGGCAAAUCAUAACCAAACAUAUUCAAUGAACUUUACAAUGAAAGGAAACCGCCUCCGAUGUGUUCCUUUGAGCAGCCUUUGCGCCGUGUUUCUGCUUAUCGCCUCCCUCACUUUAUUUCUCGUCCUCAAGAAGCAAAACCCUGGCCGCUUAUUGGAAGAGGAAGAAGUCGAAGGCUCCGUUUUGAAAGCUUCAGAUCCCAUUCAAUAUCACUCUGAAAGACCUGUGGCUCAUCUCACUGGAGCAAACUUAAAUGAUGGGCAUCUCCGAUAUAUGGAAUGGGAAACGGAAGAGGGGCUGGCAUUUGUCAAAAAUGGAUUCAUUUAUCAAAAUGGCAGUUUGAUUGUACCCAUCACCGGACGGUACUUUGUGUACUCUCAGGUUUACUUACGUGACAAAAACUGUUUGGAGAGCAAUGAACUCAUCAUGCAUACAGUCAACAAAAGGACGCAAACCGAUUCAGCUCCUACAAUACUAAUCAGCAAACAUAUUCAGUGUCAACCGUAUGUCGAUCACUUAUGGUUUCAAACAAACUAUGUUGGAGGCACGUUUACAUUGAACAAAGGGGAUGAACUGUUUGCCCAUGUUUCUGAUUUGACAUUACUGGGUUUUGAAGAAAAUAAGACAUUCUUUGGAGCACUGUUAGUAUAAACGCGACUAUGCAGAAAGACAAAAACUAUGUUAUUAGUGCAUUAACAUUAUAAAGGAAAACCUUUAUUAUUAAAAUGAAU